CAUUAGGGGGCGGGGUGUGUUCAUAUUGAGACGCGCGUGGCUGACAGCCGCAGCGUUUCUGUUGCAUUCAGGAGCAGCUAGGAUGUGUGACUGCGGGAAUUUUGUCUCCUCGCGCUGACAGAAAAGCUUUUUAGCCUCACUGAGGAGGAGGAGGAGGCGUUCACGGCGGCUGGGUUUGGAGAAAGACACCCAAACGGUCUCAUUUUAAUGAACUGUUAGUGCCCCAUCACCACCUCCCAACAUCCUAUAGAUCUGUCCAUCUGUCUGAGGACAGGCGGACGGACUGACGGACGUCAUGGAGUCUAUUUUGGACAGUUUGACGGCGGAGAAACUCUACCCGUCGGCGGGAGCCAACCUGUUGGACCUGGAGGAACUCAGCGACGGAGACUUCCUCACGAAUGUGCCUUUUUCGGGAGACCAGAUGGACGAUUUCAGCAGCGAAUUAUUCAACAGUUUCUUCGACGACCACCUGUUAGAGCGCCCCCUGCUGGCAGACAGACCCUCCUUCCUACACCUGGACAUGGACAGCAGCCCAGAUAUUCAAGCAGAGCACAGCUACUCUUUGAGCGAAGACUCUGCCCCCCAGAGCCCAGCCCUGUCAAUCAAAAUGGACCAAGACUCUGAGUUUGAGUGGCACUUCAGUCAGGACCUGUCAGCCAUGCUGGUCAAACAGGAGGAAGACGACGGCGCUCACACGUUAGACGCUCAGCCCUCGGAAGGCCCGGCUCUCACAUUGAGUUCGCCUCCACACAGACCGUCGUCGUGGAAACGCAAGGAAAGCGGCGACGUGAAUCCGGUCGCCAUAAAGGACGAACCCAAAGAGUUUGGCCAGUACCUCAGCCUGCCAGGCGACGAUGCCCUUCAGCUCCCACCCACCCCUCCCAGCAGUAACCACGGCGACAGUGAUGGCUCGCUGCCGCCCUCCUCCCCACACCUCCCGUUGCUGCCGUCUUCCCCCCAACCACAACAGAGACCAGGAGGUCGAGCCUCCUCCUCCUCCUCCUCCGCCUCCUCCUCAGCCAUCUCCUCCUCGCCUCUCCUCACAGCUCCACAUAAGCUGCAGGGCUCGGGGCCGCUCAUGCUCACAGAGGAGGAGAAGAGAACGCUGGUGGCAGAGGGGUACCCCGUCCCCAACAAGCUUCCCCUCACCAAGAGCGAGGAGAAGGCGCUGAAGAGAGUCCGGCGGAAGAUUAAAAACAAGAUCUCAGCUCAGGAAAGUCGGAGGAAGAAGAAGGAGUAUGUGGACUGUCUGGAGAAAAAGGUGGAGAGCUACACGUCAGAGAACGGCGACCUGUGGAGAAAAGUGGAAAACCUGGAGACGGCCAACAGGUCUCUGCUGCAGCAGCUGCAGAAGCUUCAGUCCCUCAUUUCGGGGAAGGUCAUCCCUCGCUCCUGUAAGAUCGCCUCCACCCAAACGGGAACGUGUCUCAUGAUGGUGGCGCUGUGCUUCGUCCUGGUGUUGGGCUCCUUCUCCCCCUGCCUCUCACCCCUCUCCCUGCUGUCCCACAGCUCAUCCAGCCCCCACCCCGGUGCCCCUUCUCCAUCCGCAGACCUCUACACCACCAGUCAGGUGCGCUCCCGCAGCCUGCUCUUCUACGACGAACGGGCUCCUCCAGAGGAGAGUUUAACGCUGCCGUCACCAGCGGGGGAAGUGCUGCGCUCCGAGGCCCCACCCCACGUGCACACGCGCCAGCACGCCACCAACAACACCGAGGCGGAGCAAAGGGAACCAGGCAGAGUCUCCGAGUUCUUCUGACAUCUGCCGUCCCUCACCUCUGACCCCGCCUCCAAACGUCAACCCGUUGGACCGCCGCCAGUCUUCAGUUUCCCCAUCAGAACGAGUUUCCUUUAGAGGUCAUUCUGUUCUUAUUUCCUUUUCAACCAAAGAUCCGGCGUGGCAGAUCUACGUCUAAAGAUUCACCGAUUGAAUGUAUAGAUGGACUAAACGUGGUGAUGUCACUUCCUGGCUCCUUUUGGGCCCAUUUAACAAACAGGUUUUCAUCAAGAGAAGGUCGGAACAUUUCCAACGAGGGCAGAACUAACAAAAUCCGGGUUUUAACAUUCACCUGUCAAUCGAAAAGCCACGCCCCCUUUUGUUGCCGCCUUGCCUAGAUUUCAAGAAGCUCAAAAAUAAUCAGCAGCUGGAACACGCCCACUAAGUUAUCUGUCAAUCAAAUGGGCACGCCCCCUUAUUACUUUGGCCAGAUUUGUCUUGAAAUCAAAAGCUCAAAAUGAACCAAUCAGGUGAAACACACAGCUGUCAGCAGCUGGAACACGCCCACUAAAGAUGCUGCAUCAGUAAGGAUUCAAAUGUCACCUGUCAUCCAAAAGGACCCGCCCCCUUUUGAACAUUUUCUCACAUUUUCAGCUUUUUUUAAGCCUAUUCUUCUGGGUGUUCAAAAAAACCCAGAAGAAAUACAUUUUUAGGGCCAGGCGGUUCAUUAGGUUUCUGCUUUUUCCGUCGACCUCCUAGUGGUCACCCGGUUAAACUCACCUGGUAAACUCACCUGGUAAACUCACCUGGUAAACUCACCUGGCUUCAAAUGUCUCUGCCAUCUGAAAGGUGGGGAUUGAUGACAUCACAGCUCCCUGAAUACAAACCAAUGAAUCACAUGACCGCACGCCUGUCAAUCUUGUUUUUGGCGGCAUUUAUUCAUUCCUGAUCCCCGGUGAUAAAAAAAAAAGAAAAAGCGCCAGAAUAAUCCAACACAAAGGGUCACAUGACCACACACUCCGUCCAUACCUAUACAUGCUAUCAAAUGGUCGGCAGGCCUGAAAAUCCUCAUGAGAGAUGGGAUUUCUUGCCAUCAAUUUAAAAAAAAAAAAGGUGUGUUUACGACACAUUUUGAGCAAAAAUGUAAAAACAUCAAGUGUUUUAGUUUGACUUAUCAGUGUUUUCUUGCGCAGCAGAACAUUUAUGGAGAGGAAAAUCAAAGGGCUGCGUUACGAUUUACUUUUAUUCCGGUAAAAGAGGUUUCCGCAUGUCCAAACACGUUUAAAAAGCAGGAAUCUUUACCUGAACUGAAGACAUGUCACAGUGCCUUUCACAAGCUUGGAUCUACAGCCAAUUAAUCU